AUAAAGCACCCCACAAGAAUGACUAACACGUCAUCCUCUUUGCUUGAUCUGUUCAUAACCAACUACGAAGACUCGAUGGUGACAUCGGGGGUUCUUUCAACUGAUAUAAGUGAUCAUCUUCCCAUAUAUUUAGUAAAUAAAUUAACGAGUCAGCUAAGGACUGCUAAGCGUGACUAUUACAACAUACUUUUUGAUCCAUUAGAAACAUUGAAACCUGAUAUUAUGUGGAAGAGAAUUCCAUCUUUAAUAAGCCCGUGUAAUGCCUAUCGCUACAUAAGUCACGCCAAUAUAGGCGUGGCGUUUGUAACGCCAAUAUUGGCGUAA